AUGCAGUUUGAAACUGCUAUUGCUAUGCAAAAGCAGUACCUGGAUGCUUUGUAUGCCAUGGUGGAUCGCUUAACUAACGAGGAGCUUAACUCGCUUACGAUCACCGCCAUUGAGUCAGUGGCAACACAAAGCUCCAAGAUUUGGCUGGACAUCACUAACUUAAACUCGCUGAUCUUUGAGACGUACCCGGAAGUACUUGAACACGAGUACCACGUCGGGAAUCAUUAUACUAACGCUCACGCCACCUAUGCAAUCUUGGAGACCCGCAUAGCCACCCGCAAAGACGUCAUUCAGCAGGAGAUUGAUGCCAGAGAAGCCGCACAAACGCAACAAAACCUGGCUAUGCACAGCACCGCCUUCUUGGGAGGCUCAUCGGGUACUGGACUCCCAAAAAUUAAGCUCCAGAGCUUCUCUGGAGACUUUAAGCGCUGGGGAUCAUUUAGUCAGCUAUUCUCUGACAUUGUUAUUGACAAUGCUCUUCUUAAAAACACUUUGGACUCCAUCAAGGCUCAAGGAGUUCCAGUUGACAACUGGGACUUAAUGAUCAUUCACCUGACGCUGCGCCGCUUGCCACCCGCUGUAAGAGAGGACUGGGAGACUAGUCUUGGGUUAACUGAUAUCAUGCCGACCUAUACGCAACUUCACGAGUUCCUCAAGUCCAAAGUCAGAGCUUGGGAGAACUUGGAGCCAGCUUCUGAGCCCAAGAAGCAACCUGAAAAUCAUAAAUCAGGUGGGUCCCGCAACGACAAACAACCGAAGACAAGAUCUUCAUACACCGCUGCUCAAUACAAGGGAAAGCCCAGGAGAAAUUGCCCGCUGUGCCCGGAGGAGCACUACAUGCUGUUUUGCCCGACAUUCAAGGCCGCUACUGUGGAGGAACGAAUCGACAUUGUCGAGAAAUACCGCUUGUGCUACAAUUGCUUGGGCCCACAUCGUGUAGCUGAUUGUAAGACUGCUCAGGGCUGCAGGAAGUGCAGUCUACGCCAUCACACUUCUAUUCACCGAGAAGUACCGCCUAAAUCAGCUUCACCGCAACAAGUUGACACCGCACAAGAUUCGCUUUCCGCUCAAGUAUUACUAGCUACCGCCUUAGUCCAGGUCCGCCCGCAUCAUGGCAAUCCAAUCACCGCCAGAGUCUUGAUUGAUCAAGGUUCAGAGCUCUCAUUUAUGAGACAGACGCUCUUCAAGAAGCUCGGACAACCGCUACAGCGUGACAUGGUCAUGCUCAAGGGCAUCGGCAAUGUCUCCGCAGGAAGCUCACUAGGUGUGAGCACAAUUGAGCUUCGUUCGCUGUGUACGACCGCAUCAAUGCAUGUCAGCAUGCAUAUUCUACCAACACUGACGGUAGAUCUUCCAUCGUUCGUGAUCGCUGAUCCGAAAUGGCCGCAUCUUGAGAAUCUCAAGCUCGCUGACCCGCAGUAUCUACAGCCACGCCCUGUAGAUAUUAUUCUAGGUGCAUCACCAGCCGCACAGAUCAUGAACGCAGAGAUUCAACGAGGACCUCGCAAUGCUCCUAUUGCACAAUCCACCACGCUUGGUUGGAUCGUCUAUGGGGCUGUCACCGCUAAACACGCUUCAACAUCACACGCAGCACUACAUGCGUCAGUAGAUACUGAAUUACAAGACGCUAUCGCUAAGUUUUGGGAACAGGAAGAAGUUCCAUCAGGAAGUUCACCGCUCAACACCGCUGAAGAAGACGAAUGUGAAAUUCACUUUCGUCAAACGCAUUAUCGACAGCCUGAUGGACGCUACGUAGUGAGAUUACCGCUUAAGGCCCUUGAGAGUCAACUUGGCGACUCUAUCAACGCAGCUAUGGGGUCACUCCGCAGAUUAAUAACUCGCUUGUCGCGAGAAAAAGAAUAUUCUGACAUGUAUCGUGCAUUCAUGGCAGAAUACAUUCAACUAGGACACAUGGUACGAGUACCAGUCAACGAAUUGCCCGCAAACGCUUAUUUCUUGCCUCACCAUGGGGUAUUGAAGCUUGAUAGUGCCACUACGAAGCUCCGCACAGUGUUCAAUGGUUCCUGUGCAACAUCUACAGGAAUUUCAUUGAACGACAUUCUCCACGCAGGACCCAAAACGCAAAUUGACAUUUUUGAUGUGAUGUUGAGAAUCCGUUGCAGCAGGAUUCUAUUCGCUACUGACAUCACCAAGAUGUUCAGACAGAUUGAGGUCGACUCGCUUGAUUGGCCGCUUCAGUGCAUUCUCUGGAUAGAUGAGAAUGACUUAAUAGACGCUUACUGUCUCAAGACAGUCACAUACGGAACCGCUAGUGCACCUUUUGACGCUGUACGUGUGCUUAUCCAACUAGUAAAGGAUGAAGGACACCGCUUUCCGCUAGCUGUUGCUCCAAUGUUGAAAACACGCUACGUAGAUGAUAUCUACGGUGGAGCAGACAACGAAGAAGACGCUAUCAAGGCUGCAGUACAAACAAAAGCUCUGUGUGCAGCAGGCUGCUUCCCGCUUGCCAAAUGGGCUAGCAAUAGCCCACGGUUACUCGCUGAAGUAGCUCCAGAAAAGCAGCUGGAUACACCGCUUAAAGAAAUCAGUGAUGCACCAGUAAAAGUCCUGGGCAUGUACUGGAAUUCACGCACUGACGCUCUCCAGUUCAAGUACACGCUACCGACAGAGACGCCCAAGACAAAAAGAGCUAUUUUGUCUGAAAUCGCUAAGCUGUAUGAUCCGCUAGGACUUCUUGCACCAAUAGUCGUCAAAGCCAAGAUCUUUAUGCAAGAUCUGUGGCUAGAUAGAGUGUCAUGGGAUGAACAAUUGUCACCAUCACUCAUUCACAAAUGGACUGGAUACCGCGAGGAUCUUCGAAACAUCGAAUCCAUCCGCAUUCCACGCUGGAAUAAUAUAGCACCUGGAGCAACUAUGGAAUUGCACGGGUUCUCAGACGCUUCGCAGAACGCUAUGGCUGCCGCUGUGUAUUUGAGAGUCACUGACGCUGAUGGGAACACAAAAGUCUCACUUCUGUGUUCAAAAACGCAAGUAGCACCGCUGAAGACUAUGACAAUUCCACGCUUGGAAUUAUCAGCCGCAUGGUUGUUAACACAACUGAUACUUCAUGUUAAAGAAGUUCAGUCACUUGGAAAUGUCAGGAUAAAUCUCUGGACUGACUCCGCCGUGACUCUCGCAUGGAUUAAAAGUCCAGCAACCCGCUGGAAGACAUUCGUCCGCAAUAGAGUGGGAAAAAUCCAAGAAACGCUUCGAGAUGUCUCCUGGAAAUUUAUUCCAGGAAAACAAAACCCAGCUGACUGCGCUUCAAGAGGUAUACCUACGCUAAAACUAAAGCAACACGCUCUCUGGUGGCAUGGACCUACGUGGCUUCAUGAACCAGAAUCCUCUUGGCCCACUCUUGAGCCUCCAACCGACAACGCAACGCAUCGAGAAGAACGCCAAGGUCUGACAUUAGUAACUUGGAAAGCAGAAAAUUGCCUUCUCCAACAAUUACUAUCGCAUUACUCGCAGCUGUUUCCAUUACUUAGGAAGCUCAGCAUCUGGCAUCGUGUCAUCGACCGCUUCAAAAGAGUUCCACAAUCUUCGCUGGCCUACCCGCUUACUCCAUCAGACCUGGAGCGCGCUAAAUUGACUUUGAUUAAGUUCACUCAAGGACAAUAUUUCGCUAGAGAGAUUCAUACGUUUCAAGAUGAAGAGAAGCAUCCAGCAAUACUGCCGAGACAUUCACCGCUUACAUCAAUAUUGAUUGAUGAUUCGCACCGCAAAACGCUUCACGGAGGUACUCAGCUCACGCUCGCUGAAUUACGCAAAGCUGUCUGGAUCAUUGGAGGCCGUGUUCCAGUCAGAUCCUUUAUUCUACGCUGUGUAAUUUGCACGAGACAUCGUGGAGAACGCGCUCAACAGCUGAUGGGUCAACUACCUGCCGCACGAGUACAGCCAACUCGAGCCUUUUUGCAUACAGGACUCGAUUAUGCUGGACCCAUCACGCUAAAAACGUUUCAAGGACGUGGAGCAAAAACAUACAAAGGCUGGAUUGCUGUCUUUGUAUGCAUGUUCAGCUCAGCUGUUCAUCUAGAGCUAGUCACUGACUACACCGCUGCCGCUUUCAUCGCCGCUUAUCGCCGCUUCACUAGUCGCCGAGGUAUCUGCCACACGCUAUAUUCUGACUGUGGAACCAAUUUCGUAGGAGCAGAAAAAGAGCUGAAACGACUAUUCGCAGCAGGAUCUCGCACAUUACGAGAAUUAUCAAGUCUGAUCGCGCAAGAUGGCACGAACUGGAAAUUCAAUCCGCCUGGAGCUCCACAUUUUGGAGGAAAAUGGGAAGCCGCUGUGAAAUCUAUUAAAUUUCACCUCCGAAGAACAAUCGGAGACUCGCUAUUGACGCUUGAGCAGUAUUCGACGCUACUGGCUCAAAUUGAAGCCAUAUUGAAUUCCAGACCGCUUACACCGCUUAAUGAAGAUCCUGCUGACCUGGCUGUAUUAACUCCAGGUCAUUUCUUAAUCGGACAGUCAUUGACCGCAGUCCCAGAGCCAUCGCUGACAGAUUUACAACCUGCUCGGCUCUCGCACUGGGAACAAGUCCAGCAAAUGGUGCAACAUUUCUGGAAACGCUACUACCAGGACUGUAUCCACCGCUACCAGGCCAUUUCAAAGUGGCAUCAUCAACGCAACCAGAUCAAAGUGGGUUCAGUUGUACUGAUCACCACUGAGGAUCUUCCGCCAACCAAGUGGCCAUUAGCCAAAGUGAUUGCUGUCCACCCAGGAGCAGAUGGACAAAUCCGCGUGGUAACUGUGAAGACAGUUAACACAGAGCUGGUACGCCCAAUUACAAAGCUUUGUGUCUUGCCACUGACGCAUGAAGAGGAUGAUCUUGUCGACGCAGCCGCCAACGCCGGGGAGAAUGUUCAGUGA